AACCACACACAUACACACACAUGCCAUGCGUGCACACACACACACAGAAGCCUGCAAUCAGACAUACAAACAUACUCUGUUGGACACACAACCAGCAGGCCAGUGAACCAUUCAUCCAUACAACCAACAAACCAGCCAGCCAGCCAUCUGUCGGCCCAGCCAUCUAGUCAGCCAACUGACCAGCCGGCCAGCAAGCCAGCAAGCCAACCAGACAGUUAUCCAUCCAGGGAGCCAACUAACCAUCAAGCCAGUCAUCUGGUCUGCCAAACUACCAGGCAACCAGCCAACCAUCAAGCCAUCCAACCAGCUAGCCUUCCAUCCAUCCGGUCAGCCAGCCAGUCAACUAUCCAUCCAUCCAUCCAUCUAUCCAUCAAACCAGCCACCAAGCCAACCAGCCAGUCUGCCAGUCUACCGGCCAACCAUCCAUCCAACCAUCCAUCCAUCCAUCCAUCCAUCCAUCCGGUCAGCCAGCCUGCCAGCCAGCCAGCCAGCCAGUCUACCAGUCAGCCAUCCAGCCGACCAUCCAGCCGACCAUCCAGUCGGGCAGCAUAGAAUGGGCGGCAUGUAUAUGGAAGAGAUGCUGUGUGGUCAGCUACAGACCACUGGAUACAGCCAGGUCUGGACCAUACCUUCCAAAGUAACGACCACCACCGACGACAGCAACGGUGCCACCGCUGCAGUGACAACAGGAGACUCAAUGACAACAACAACAACAACAACGACAUCAGCAAAGAUGACAACAGCAACAGAGAGAAAAAUAUGGAAAGCGGAGAACAGUUUACAUGGCAGCCCUUGGGUUAACCAAGACACAGAAGAAGGCGGCAGACAGUUAAAGCAGCAGGAUCAAAUCAAUGGAUUUUCUCUUUUGUCUGUGGUCUAUGGAGAUGGCGUUGCCAAAUUUAACCGGUCCUGGGAUGGAGGAGGACAAGAGAGUUUUGUGACAGAGCUGAAAAGAAAAAUAGAAAAAAUAGCAAAGGUUGAAGAAGACAAGAAAAAAGUCAACAAAGAUAAACUGCAUGAUGUGACCAUCUAUCGUUCUGCACAUCGUCCUUGGGCAAUCCCUGAGGGCAACCUGCAGUCGAACCUAACCAGUCAAAGCCCCAACCCUAUGAGAAUAACUGCAUGCAAUGUGAAGCCACUACAACAGGUCGACCUAGCCGUGCCAGUGAAGCCCAACUCUGACUCAGUGUUUCAAAUGUACCCUCCUGCGCCAUUCCUCAUUGAGAAAGAAGGCUCAGCACGUAGUUUGUCUGCUCCCUGCAUGGAGUGCUGUCUGGUGGUGCCCUCCCUCGAUAAGCGAUAUAUUGCAAACAGGUCUGGCUAUUUCCCGCAAGCACAACAGCAAUAUUGGGAUCAAGAACAAAAACGACAACAACAGCAGCAGCAGCAGCGGCAGCAGCAGCAUCACCACCACCAUCACCACCACCACCACCAUCACCACCACCACCACCAUCACCAUUCGAGACUGGCUGCGCCAAAAAGGGUUCCCCGGGUCACAAGGUCAUCCGUGUCUCCCCUGUUUGUCAGCACUUGUUCAUGUCGUCUGUCCCCCAGGACGAAGACGGUGACCCGAGCGAGAGACGUCGGCGCGGCGCGCUCCGCCAGCACCAAACGUAACGUGAACAUCAACGUCAACGUCAACAUCAACCUGACUCCGACGGCGGAUUCUGCGCAGCUGCUGAAACUCGCCGGGCUGUCAAACGGCGGGACCCGGUCGACGGACGGGAAGGACAGACCGUGUUCGAGAUGGACGGACAAGGACAAAGUGAAAGAGAAGGAGAAGGAGAAGGAGAAGGAGGGGGAGAGAGAGAAGAAGGAGAAAGAGAGGGAGAGAAUCAAAGAGAAGAAGAAAAUGAGGAGGAAGAAGCUGAACAACAACAACAACAGCAAUAACAACAACAUCCAUAACCAGUGGCGGAAAGUCGUGGAGAAAUUCAUGUUUCACUCAAAUCCUAUAGACGACGAGAUUGACCGUGACGUUGACGCAUUUGCUUUCAAAACCACCUCGAUGGACAUCCCUGGGUACCCGUUUAAAGAUCCUUUAUCUUUUCAAGGGGGUGGAUUCCCUGUUUGCAAGUGGAAGGAGCUGGAAGCAGAGGAACGAAAAGAGGUGCAGUUAGAGAAGGCACUGCAAUGGGAGGAGGCUCGCACUGAAUGGGCGGAGUUUCACCGGGAGUGGGCGGAGUGUCAUCCCUCUCAGUACAAGGACGCUGACUACAAACGACAGGAGUGGAUAGAGAGUCAGCGCGAGGAAUCCCACCCAGUAGAGAAGGCCCUUCAGCUGGAAGAGACUGGGGAUCAGCUUACAGAAGAAGUCCCCAUCAAAUGGGCGGAGUUCUAUGAUCAGCGACCAUGGGCGGAGCCUCAAAGUAAGCAAUGGGUGAAGCCUUAUUACAGAGUAUGGGAGGAGCCUCUUGCGUUGAAGAAAUCUCCUCGGCGGGAAAGCACUCCGGACAGAUGUUCAGAGGAAGGAGAGAGUGUGGAGGCCCUACGAGGGCGGUUCUCUCGGGUAAGCAAGAUAGAGCAGAUGAUUACCAAGCGAAGCAGUUUAUUGGGAAGACUGAUGAAGAUCGCUCAGCUGCAACGUGAAACAAAGGAGAGCGAGAUGCAAGCACUGAAUCGCCAACCGACCAGAACAAAACUGCAGGCCGCCAAUUCCCGCCAGGGGACCAAUUUGAGUCAGAAGCUGGCGGGAGAGGCCGGUAAAGAGGGGAAGUCCGGCACGAGAAACAGUGGGUUGCCAUGGGAAGCGAGCGGCACUGAAAUGGAGGAGAACUGCAGCAAGUCGUCGUCGCGGUGCAAGGAUGGGAAGUGCAGCUGCGCAUCCAGCUGCUCUAGUAACUUGCAGUCUAGUACCGAGUCUGUUAAGAAGCAUCUGCAAGUACAAGAUGCACAUCAGUCGCAGGAUACAAGCCCAAAUCACGAUUCACAAAAGCUGUCAAUUGUGCAGCUAAUGGAAAACUUGCAUAUGCAACAGAACCCUCAUCUUCCACAAGGUGCAGCAGGACUGCAGAAGGGAUUAAAUUCGGCUCAGAGAGCUUCAAGUUCAACACCUGACUCAGAUCUGCAGCAAAAGGCAUGUACACAAGGAGAUGCAGAUGCGCAGUUUGGUGCAGAAGCAGAGGUAGGUGCAUGUCAGCCAGAAAAUGGAAAUCAACCGGAGGCCGACCAGCAGCAAGAUUCUCCAAACGAACAAGAUGCAUGUGUGCAGCAGUGUACCGAGACGCAGCAAGCAACUGAUGGUGUGCAGCCUGAUGCAGAGGCUGAUAUGCAGCACAAUGUGCACCCUAAGAGAGAAACUUGUCCACAACGAAGUGUGAACCGGCAAAGGAGUGAACAACAGCACAGCGCAUAUUCAUGGCAAGACACGUACUUGAAGAGAAGUGUGGUCCUGCAAUGGGGAACAUCUUCACAAGCAAGGGCCCGGCAAAAGAGUAAACCAGAUGUACCCUUAAGACCACUCUCAGGCAAUCAAUACACCACUAAGCCAUCGAUAAGCUUGACUAUGGGUAGGGAUUCAUCACUCCUGUCAGCUCUCGGGGCCACUGUAUGCCCAAAUAGCUCCAAGGGCUCUUUGAAAACAAAUACGUCUGUAAUGGAAACAAUACAGGCAUUUUGCGGGAUUGCUUCACUGGCUGGGAAAGGGGACCCAGUGCAGAAACCACUAAGGACCCGACAGAAAACAAGAAGACAGCAUUCUCAAAAUAUGAAAGCCCCUGCCCCGUCUCUCAAGAAAUAUGCAACCCUAGUUUAGUAACAUGUUUUUCCUAAACCCUUUAGCAUUGAAACCAGCUCAGAUAUUUUGCCUGCUUAAUGUUCAAACCAGCCAGCUCCAACUUCUUGCACCGACCCAGCAAUGUCAUUCAAAAAAUAACCAAUUUAUUUCAAAAAGCUAUGAGAUAAUCCAUCGUUAAUUCAAAAUUGUGAAUAAAAAGAGCAUUACAUUUGACAGAGUAAUCUGAAUGGUAAAGAGUUCAACUGGUCAUCUCCGGCUCAAAUAUUCUACCUGUGUUUAUGUCCAAACCGGACAAAUCUGAUAUCUCACCACUCUCCCCUACAGUGUCAUUCUAAAAAAUAAACAAUCACAUCAUCGAAAUCUCAAAGCUGUGAGAUAAUCCAUGAUUAAUUUAGAACAUUGUGAAUAAAUAAAUAUUACAUUUGAUAGU